AAAGAAUCGUUGUGUGACAUGAAAAUAAAGCGGCAGCAACAGGGAGUGAUGGUUCUUAACCAAAGAUAGUUGGUAUUCCCCUUGAUGCCUUUGCCUUUCAACAAAGGGGGCCAUCUAAUAGGAGUAGUGCUCUACCACGUGUGGUUUAAUAUGUACUUUUCGCGGUGUGUGAGGCUCAGGACGUUGCUUAAUCUUGUAAGAAUGUAGACGUUCUCGAAGAUUCCGUCUGCCUGUAACCUCGCAGUAAAUGUUGUGGUAGAUGAGGCCAGCAAAUUAUACAAGAUGAAGACUAAACCUCAGCCAAAGGACGGCGUGAAAAAGUCCUCGUCUUCGGCGAAGGCGAAGACUGCAGCACGGGGAAAAAGUGUCGCGCGAGGGGCAAGUGUAGCGCCAGCGCGGGGCCAAGAAAGUGUAGCACGGGGCAAGAGUGUAGCCAGGGCAAAAGCGGCGGCACCCAAGAAGGCGAGUGGGAAGCCAGCCAAGGUAGAAAAACCUUUGCCAAAGAAACAAGCCCCUGCUGCUCUGAAAACAAAGGCAGCUGCGUCUUCAAAUGCUAGUAGUUCUUCUAGCAAGACCGGAGCUAAUGCCAAUGCGAAGGCCAAGCCUUCAUCUUCCUCUCCAUCAAAGUCGCCUGUCAAAAAGCUUGGUGGAUCACCGUCGACGAAGGCACCUGUAGUGUCUAAGAACUCGCUUAAGAAUAAGAAACAGGCAGCUGGAAUCGGAAAAACAAGUACAACAACUGCUUCGACGACUAAAAGUAAAACCAUAACUUCUUCUACAAGUACAACUACUAAAGGUCGAGGACAGCAGGCAGCGUCUUCAUCUUCUAGCUCAAACAAGUCAAAGACCACAACGGAGAAGUUGAAUCUGAAAUCCAUAAUGAGCGCUGAGCUAGCGGAUUCGGAGUUCCCAGAGGCGAACAAGCAAUUGAAGCCUAUAGGGGAAUUGCGGUCGGUCUUUCUGUCAGUCCCGCAAAGUGAGUGGCCGCGACUAGCGAGCACGCUUCCACCGGAGACGCAUGCGUUGUUUUUCUUAUGGGACUCACUUGGUUGACUUUGGUCGUUUAGAUUUUUUGCUGUCGAAGUUGUUCUUGAAGACGCUCUUCCCAUACUGGUAGAAUGUUGAGUAUGAAAUAAUGAAAAAGGACAACCAUUAUAGAAUCAGGAGUAGUGAAUGCGACAUUUCAGUGAGUUGUCAUCACUCUAUUUUCUUCUAACCAUCCAGUACACGCGAGAGUGUGUCGCAGCUCUGGAACAAUCUAGCAAUUCAGGUCCAGGUCCAAGAGUAAAGGAUGCCUCUGGCGUCACGCAAUGUUCGCCUAGGAGCUUGCCUUUUGCCGGUAGCUAUUUACCACAAAAUCCCACAAUAGCGCAUGACACUUUAGUACCGGUCUGGCGAGCGCCUCCUUCAAGCCUCAAACGAGCAGCAAGUGGUUCUGAUGACAAGGGUUCAGCUUCGGCAAGCCCAACAGCAUCAACGCCUGGCGGUACAACGAGUGGCAAGAAAAAGCCUGGUUCUUCCGGUUCGACGAAAGUGAGGACUUCAAUACCAAAAGGCAAAGGUCCACAGAGAUCGGCAGUUCGUGUCGCAAUUUCGAGUGGUAUUACAGUAGACCACGGACCAGAAUUCCUAUUUGGAGUUGACUUAGACGCUGUGGUCGAACGAAGCCGAGGGCCAUUGCUCGAUGCAGCUUUGCGGGAUAGACGUGCAGCUGCUGCUCGAGGAGCCGCGAGAGGUGCACCUAGAAAAUCAUCUGGGACAUCGAAGAACAACAAAUUUUUAAGGCUCAACUUUCAUUGUUCACCAUUUAAGUAGAUUGAUUGGGGUCACUGCGAUCGAAGAGGGGGCGACCCCUUUAGUAGAGAACAGGGGAAAAGGAACAAGGGGAAAUAAGUGGAGAGGUGUGGGGCCUUUCCCGUUCAGAGUCAGUGACCAAUGACUGCUGACCUCUAAACAAAGGGCUUGAAGAUGGGAACAAAGAUGGCACGUCAGCUGGUGCUGACGGUGCUGGUGGCCUUGACGAGGCUGUCGGUAGCAAGGACAAGAAAGAUGACGAACCCGUGCUUGUUGCCGCAGCACGUCCCGACGAAACAGCCAUUCAAGAGUUGCGAGAAUAUGUCAGAAUUUCCCUCUACGUGAAGGGCGACGACGAAUUCCAGUUUGAGAUUCCGACGAGUGCUCCCAGACGAACCGUCACCGUAAAUGCUGUUCUCGAUCAUGUCGUGAGUUUUUCUAGGCUGUUGCUGUCGAAACCUGCUUCAACCCAGAUGAAGCAAUCCCUGAGCUUUUCUACUGAGUUACAGGAGAAAUUUUGGGACCAACUGUUUCCAGAAGUCAUGCGCAAACUGAAAGUGCAGAAACAAAUCUUCUCCAGUGUCCAAGAUGACUAUCAGUUAGCGCCGCAGGGUGAGGGGGCGAAUAUAGACAUAGACCAGCAGAAGUUUUUGAACGAUGCAAUAGCUAGGGAACGACAGCUAGGGGAGAUGCGGGUAGAGGAGAUUGUUGCUCCAUCUGCAGCAUUUGUGGUCGCGGCGCCAUCUGGCGAAGCGCCUUCGUCGAAAGCGGAAAGGGAAGUUAAGGGUCUCUCUUCAAGUAAAUUUAUAGCGGCUCUUCUCUCACGCUUACCAGUAUUUAGCACUUCAUGGAUUAUGAAUAUCUUUAACAUGUAAUGUCAUCUGUGCGGGCGAUGUGGUCUACGAAUUUAUGUCCCUUCUCCUCCCAUGUCCACCAAGCCCAUAAUGAUUCCUUUCCCGAUAUAAUCGCCUUGUUCUCUCCCUCCCUCUAAGAAAAUCCAACUCACAGAGGACCGAGCCAAGUUGAUACCAGCGACGCGGAUGACAGAUCGUCUGGGAAGGGAAGCCGCGAGAACCAAGGAGUUUGACGAGGCUACCUACACCCGGUACACAGAAACUCGUGCCGAGAUCGGGAAAAGCAAAUCGAAAUUGGCGAAAGUUUUCAAGAUCAAUGCGAAUAAUUUGCAGUCGUUUGCUUUGAUUAUUCAAGAUAGAGUAGCAUGUAUUGUGGAGGCGGUGAACGACUUGCACGAUAAAAAGCUGGAGGACGGCGUUGGAGACCACGAGGAAAGCGAAAAAGAGGAGGCAGCUGCUAAGAUUAUGAUUGGGAUGACUUUGCACUUUUGAAACAACAACAUAUUCCUAUUUACAAUGUCUGUCAUCCAGCUGCAGCCCGUCUCUCUGUCCUGUGAUAAGGAUUUUUUUUCAUCUAUUGCAAGAUUAGACUUUUGACUCUCUAAGGUUCACAAGCUUACUUACAACAACGAAGAACAUCAAACUCGGACACGUGUGCUUCUGCUCUAAAGAGACUCAGAUAUUUCAGAUAGCACCGGCUGUUAUUUGUGGAAAUCCCCUAGUUCCUCUAUAAUCCCCUAGUUCCUAUGUAAUCCCCUAGUUCUUAUGUAUAAGUAAGUUGUACGCCCCCUCAAGCAAACCUCCAACCUUGUUUUCUUCUUCUAAUAACCAAACCAAAGCGAAAAUGGGGAGAGCCGCCAAAGCCAAGCCGAAAGCGGAGCCUGUACUUUCAUCGGAGAUUCGCCGGGACAAGUUGUACACUGAAGUCAUCAAACGGUUAGACGCUAUCGACAAUUUUUUCCUCAUGGAAAGAUACAAGAUCAAAUGGAAAAUGGAGAAAUGAAAGACCACGACCAGCCGCACCAAUAUCGUCUUAAACUAGGAUCUUUUUAAUUCUCUCCUUCUCUGCCUCAUUAACACCGUCCGUGGAAAGAACCAAAUAUCCUUCUAGCAUUUUUUACCCUCUUUAGAGUGAGUCAAACCCCAAGUUUUCGUUUUGACGUUCAUGUGCGUUCGUCAAUG